CUCUCAUCCAUCCAAGUGUACAACCUGCAGCUUUCACUCUGGGGUCUGGUGUUUUCUUCAAGGAUGAGGAGGCUUCUAGUUCAGGUUCUGUGCAUCACUAAGAUUUUGCUGUGUGCUGCUGAUUCUCUUUCACUAAGUGAAGACAACCUGAAAAAGCUGUCUGAAGCUGGCGAGCAGUAUGUGAAUGAGAAGAUAAAGGAAUCUAUACUCAGAGUGAAGCAGGUAAAAGAAAAAAUGGUGAAAGAAGAAGAGAAGUACAGACAUCUGAUGGAGGCCCUAAGGCACAGCGGAGACAAGAAGAAGGGGGCCAUGCAGCUGGCCAGGGAAACGGAGCAGAAACUCGAGGAGGCUGAGCGGCAGUGUCGAGAUCGAACCAAAUCUUUCUUUGGGGAUUGUCGUCCCUGCCUGGAGAAUUCUUGCAAGGCCUUCUAUACCUCUACAUGUCGUCGCGGCUACGCUUCCUUUACUUUUAAGGUUGAGGAUUUUUUCAGGAAAAUGGCCUCCCAGUUUGAGGCCACAGAGCAGGAGAAUUCAGAUAAAACCUCCUCAGCUGAGAGCAAGAUUAGAGAGGAUAAAACAGAGACGGAGCUGCUUCAGGCCGAAGCUUCAUUCACUCAGUUGCUGUCAAACAUCAGUGACUUGUACAACCACAGCGUCCCUCUGGUGAAGAGAAUGCGGCAUGUGCUUGGACCCUCCCUUUUAGAAGCCUUAACCUCAGAGCUCCAGCCGAGCUCUCUCUCAGCACCACAAGAUGGGUCUGGUGAUGGAUUUUUCAAGAGUUUAGGUUUGGAUCACAUAUUUUACUCAGCAUUUGCAUUUGGGAAGGAUGUGCUGGGGGACGUUAGCAGCACAGUGGAGGACAUUUUUGGAGAGAUUCAAGAAGCCGAAGAAUAUUUUCAUCAGUCAAACAGAGAAUCGCUUUCUGCAUUUGGACAGCAUCCAGAUGGGUAUCUGUGCAGAGUGCUCCGCAGACAAGCAUCGGAGUGUUGGCAGCUCCAAAACCUGUGUGAGACCUGCAGAAACUAUCUGAUUAAAGAGUGUCCCCGUUUGCAGCAGCUCCACUCUGAGAUGGAAGAGAUGCGCACCCUGCUGAACGCAUCCUGUCUUCAAUAUGACAACAGGCUGCAGCUCGUCCACAGACACACAGCAGACACACAGAGAUGGUUUCGGGACACUUAUGGCGGGCUCAACUGGCUGGCCAACGUCUCAAGCGCUCAAAACAACAUCUUCAGAGUGAUCACAGUAAACCUGCAGCAACAGCUGCAGACCAACAGCCCCAGAGCUGACAGCAUUGUGGUUGUGUCCAUAUUGGAUUCAGCUCCUUUAAAUGUAUUGGUCCCAGCAGAUCUAAUGGUGGAGGAUCCUGUGUUCAUAGAAUACAUUGCUCAGCAAGCUCUGACACACUAUAAGGAGCAAAUAAGAGGAAUGAAGUGACCACCUACACAUCUGAACAGAUUCCUCUGAAGUUCAAUUAAAUCUGCAGCCCAGUCCAUUCGUCUUACAUAAUUUGAAGUUUAUGUGAAAAAUGUAAAACCUGAAAAAUAACUAAAUGAAAUUGGGAAAGCUUUCCAACUUCCUGGGCUUACAUUGGGAAGAGUUUAAAAUGUUUUUAAAGUAAGACUGUAUAUACUGUUUGCUGCACUGAUUAUAAUAGUUUUUUUCCAUUAAGGCGCAAACUCAUCAUCAUCAUCAUGUUCCAUGAUGAAAAUAAAUAAUUGACUUAC